GGUUGUUUUUGCAAGGAGACAACAAAAAGAUUUCAACAGUAAGCACAGUGGAUAUUAACAUAUGUGACCAAGACUUGCAUUUGUUUCUGGUGGAAGUGUUAUAUAUUUGGAUCUUAUUUGCUAGACACAAAAUUGUAAUAACUAAGUAAGUCACUGCACUCAAUAAUCCAGUACAUCCCCCAAAGUUUUGUAUUAUUUUAUCAAAUUAGUAAGUAGGUGGAGCAAAAAGUUAAUAGCCCACCAUAAGUUUUUCUCUCUUGAUUCCUUUUGGAUCAAAUGUUUACUAAAUGCAUAUUCUUUCAAAACAUUGAGAUGAUGCAUUUCGGGGCAUGUAGAAACCUAACAACCAGCCGGUGAAUCUCAAAAUACUAACUUGCAUUUGUGUACUGACUAUCGUUUAGCAACCCACUGAGCAUCAUGUUCAACACACUGUAUUGCAGAUGGUUCAGUUUUGCUUUACAGAUACUGAUUUGAUCUAAUAAAGUUUAAUGAAAGUUUUUCCAAAUCAUUGUGAAGAAUAAGCUUUUCAGUUUAAGAGUACCAGUGUCAUUCUAGAUUUAGUUAGAUUUGUUUUUUUUUUUUUCGGUUCUAGUACUUCUAAAAGGCUACUACUUUUGAAAGAAUGACAGGACUGUGGCAUGGGAUGGACAGACAAAAAUAUUAAAAAGGAUGCGUAAAAUAUAAAAUGCUCAAUGUAAAGUGUGUGUGUGUGUAUUAGUAAAGGCAUCAAGAUUGUCAGUACUCACAAUCAUUAGUAACCCUGCUUAUCAGCACUGUGGGGUCUGAGAAGUUGCAGUGGUAAGCCAGCAUCCGUGCUGCAACCAUUCAGUAAGCACCGGCCUCUGCUUGAUUCUUGUGAAGAGAACUGCUGAUGAUUUCUCAGGACACCCACCGCUGCACAUGCAAUGCUUCUGCUAACGAGGUAGUUCAAAGCUGUGUCAAUUGAGAUGAGAUCUCUUAAGGUCACUUGCUUCUCAGAUGGAAGAAUAUUGCCAAGGUGAGAAGGUGAAAAAGAACAAGUGAAGUGUGUAAAAAAGGCAAGAGUCAGUGAAGAACCAGAGGGGUCUAGGGCUUCUGAGAUCACCGUGAGGGGAUAGCAAAAUAAGGAGAUGAACGUGGAUGCUGGAUGAGUUGCAGCUCCUCUACAUCUGAGGUAUUAGUACUCUGGAUCUUACAGUCUGGGAGAAUAACGAGUGAUGAGUCAUCUUGCUCUCAAGAGCAAGGGAAAAGCAUAGAUUGCCCUAACUGAGAAAGAAAGGUGAGCAAAGAGAAUAUCUUUGGAGUUCUUUGAAAUGUAAGGACCUUCUGAGACUGCAAAAGAAAAUGUAACUCUGGUGUUUGAUUCCCUAGAUGUGGUCUGCAGCACUGAAAAGAGCAAUGCAAGGAUGAAGAUGACCUAUGUCCUGGAACACAAAGUUCUGCAGUGAGACAACAGGAGCAGUUAGUUUCAAGUCUGUGAAACUCAGUACCAGGGAACCAAUUGCCAGAGUCUGGGUAAAAGAUGGGCCCAAAGCUGAGCUCCAAGGUAGAGAAGGUGUUUCUCAGAGGCAACUCCUAUUCAGUAUGACCCACCUGAACCAGGGAUGCUGCCUGAAGGAAUGCUCUGAAAUAGUUGGAACCAGGUCUCUUGAGGCUUCACAGAAAUUUCUACUGUUUGAAAGAUCGAUAUCAGAGCUCUUUGAUGUUAAUUUAAUAGAUUGAUCUUAUUUGAAAGUUGGUAUUUUACUGUGAUGCUGUCUGGCACUUAGUAGGCAGUCUUGAUUCCCAGGAUCUGUAACAGAGACAGGAAGAGAGUUCUGUGUAUAUGAAAACUUGCUCCAUUUAAGUAUGGGGUUCCAGUUCUUCCAUAUUUAAUACUACUAAUGAAUACUCAUUUUAAAAUACUGUGAUCAGUUCUACAGGUUGAUGCUGCCACCUACUGGAAAUAUUUUUUUUAGAGCUGAUUUGAUUAUUUAUAACAUUAAAAUAAUUAAAAUUUAAAACACAUUAAAUGCAUAAAAGGAAAGCCAGUAGAUCUUUUCAGGCUAUCACCUCAGGAUCACAAACUUGUUAGAAAAAAGUAUUAGCUGGGUUUCCUCUACCAAUUCCUGACUUUAAGGAGACAAGCAUGGACUACCCCCCCAGUUUGUCUCAUCCUUUACUAUCAUAGGCAUGUAUUUUUCCCACAACUGGAAAAUGACGCUGGCUCUUUCCAAAUAUGUAGAUUAGGUUUUAUCUCUGAAUUUUAUGAAGGUGCUUCUGUCUGCGUGGUCUAUGAAGGAAAUUUAAUGAUGCCAUUCUCCUACCUUUGAUCACCUGGCAACUAAAAUUAGUCAGCAGGAAUACUGUUGCUCAAAAUUAGCACAUAACCUUUUGAAGAAGUUAGAUGUGCUUUGCAUCAUCAGUCAUUUCUGAAAAGUAAAAUAAUUUUAUUUAAAAUUAUUUAAGUUAAAUUAGGCAUAUUUUACAUUUCUGAAUAUGCUUUCAUAAAAGAAUACAGAGGUAAUUUCUGGAGCAAGCACCAUGAGCAUCCCUUAUAAAAAUCUUCUAUUUUAUGGCUAUUAAUCUGAUUUUAGUCUGUGUUACUAAUGUACAACUGAUUUCAGAAUCAAAGGAAUCUGCAGCUGCUUUGUACUUGGGUGGGAAACCACUCGGUAUGAGCCAGGGAGUCAUGGCUGAAUGCUUGGCAAAUACCAGAAACCACAGGAAACAGAAAAUAGACUCUUAAGGUGACAGAUUUUAUAACUUCAGUGGGGUGUUUUCUGUGUGAUUUUCUUUUUGGUUUGUUUUUAAGUUUAAAUGUCAGAGUGUUCAUGAUCUCUUCCUAUGGUAAUUUAUAACUCCAACUUUGUGAAAUGGGAUGCUUACUGCCUAUUUUAUAUCAGACUUUAAGACUCAUAGUGGUACAGUGAUCUAGAAUUGUUACAUCAUUUGUUAAGCAGUACUUAUAGUUUUGUGAUAAAGUCUCAGUUAAAUCCCCAGGGUUAUGUUAAUACAUAAAAUAAUUUGUACAUCUGUAAAGAAGUAAGAAGUAUCUUUUUUAAAGCAAGUGGUAAAUAUGGGAACUUUGCAUGUUGUUGUUCAGUAAAUGAGGAAAAUUUCUUCGUACAUUUGGCUUUCCUAUGAUACACCCUUAUAAUGUUCAUAUUUUCUACUUAUUGAACAUGUAUUGAACAUUGAAAACGCAUGCUUUAGUUCAUUUUCUGGUAUUUGUUGUGAGAGAAAGCAAUAGUAAGCAUACUUUCAGUUACAAGGUAAUUUUAGUUGACAGUAGUUUCCUACCCUGUUGCCUUUUUUUUGUAGUAGUUUAAUUCUUGUCAAAGUUAUUGAAUUGGAUCUAUAGUUGAUCCAUACAAAGUAGAUACAUUCCCGAAUUACUGGAAUACAGCAAAAUAUGUGAUUUAGACUCAAUGUUUGUUCUAAAGUCUUUGAAAUCUUACUGUCCGUAUGUCCCACUAUCUAUGGGUAAGUGUUUAUCUGAUGUAAACAGUAUAUCAAUUGAGCUAUGGUAAUUCAAAAAAGCAGGGAAAUAAAUGUCAUAUAUGUAUAUACCUGCUAAAACUAUGGUUUCCUAAAGAAAAAAAAUACUACUUCUACACAUAUUAACAUAAUGGCUACUGGAAUACCUUCUUUUCUUUUGAAAAUUCUUUUACCUUCCCCAAAGCAUAGAUGUGUGUUUCAGGAUUUCUUUUGGAAAUAGAAUAAACAGUAUAGUUGGAAGGACUGUUAAAUAAAUGUGAAUCCAUCCCUGAAAAAAAAAGUCUUACCUAACUUUAAAACACCAAUUAAAGAAAUCCUGCAGUGUCCCCAAAGAAUUUCUUGUUGUAUAUAACUUCUAUUGGUGGACAGCUUUUCCUAAAUCUCCUUUGAUAGUCUCACUAACACUAGAUAACACUAGAUUUGUAUUUUAUUUAUUUAUUUGUUUAUUCUUUUCUUUUUCUUUCUUGUAUAUGGAAUUUUUAGUUGAACUAGGUAAAAUACAGGAAAAUUACUCUGAUACUACAAUUGAUUUAUAAUAUGCUCUUCACCUCCAUUAAAUCCGUACAGAGACAGGACAUCAAAUUCUCAGGGGGACCUUCUUAAUUUAUCUACGGGUUUAAACCCGCAAAUGCAGUGUGCAUUACCUCUGGAUAAUUGAACAGCAUGUUUCUGCAAUUAGAUUAAUGUUAGGUGCUAUGUUUGUGUAAUUUAUGUAAAUUAUAACUAUAGACUCUAAUUACCCUGUUUAAACUUGGCUGGCUCCCCGAAGACUUCUAAGAAGAAACUAAUAAUUAUUAGCUUAUCUUCUUGUAACACCCUGAAGGAUACUAUUAGCACUACACCAUUUGUGAGUUGUGAAGUUACUUUUAUUUUCUAACUAACAGGUGAUCUAAACAGAGAUCAAUAAAAUAAAAGGGCUAGGUCAAAAUAUAGAAAAACUUUGCAUUUAAGUUUGACAGCUUCUUUUGAAUAGAUACAGCCACAGUUAGUAGGAUUUAAGAUAAUUGGUAUGAAGAAUGAAUAUAUACAACUACAGAACCAGUAUACUUUUAACAAAGAAAAUAAAUUUUGGACUUCUAAUAUUUUUGCUAAUUGUUUGUAAAACUAAACAUUAGGUAUUGCAUCCUGUGCACUGCAAGAAUGGUUUAUUUUCAGUAGAUGGUUUUCAAUUCAGUGCAUUCCUCAGAGCUGCCAAAGAAAGGUCUUUGCUAUCCUUAGUAAAAGAACUAAAAUUCUAUCAUAUUUCAAAUAUAAAAUAUCUGUGUAGCUUUACUCUGAGUUAUGCAGCUACUGAACUUGUGCUUGCUGAUAAUUUACACAGCAAAGAGUUCAUUCUCACACACUAGGUAACUAACGGCAAUAAAUCUAAACUCAAAGCUAAGAAAGUGCACAGAAUAUUCAAAAAACUCUGUAAGAGUGUUUUCCUUAGACUAGAUUUUUUGCAAUUUCUGUAUUUGAAAUUAAAGUUAUGUGAUUUUAAAUCCAUGAAUUACUUCACCAAUUUAGGGAAGCACUGGACUGAGUGUGCACAGUAGAUGCUACAAUGAAUAGAGAAGGUGUAACAUUGAGCUCUCUCCAGUCAUAGCAAGAAGGUAACUGACAUGCUGAGCUCUGAAGUGCUAGGCACUAUGGGUUUUUAAAAUUAGACAAUUAAUCAUUUCAAUGCUCUGGCAUGAUUUUAGCAGAAAUGCGUACCGAAUAUAAACUCAGGGUUUCAGAUCAUGUCUUCCAAAUUGCAAGUCUCACUCUUUACACACAAAUUAAGACAUAUCACCAUUGAAAGAUGGUAUAUGAGUAAAACAAAUAAAAACUCAUCUGGUUGGAAUUACAUAGACAAUUUUAUUAUAUGAGAUUAACAGAACUACUGCAACUUGGUUCAAAACCCACAUUUAACAUCACUAUUACUGUGAAAAAAAUUGAAUUUGUAUGCCUGCUUUAGAGAGUCCAUUCUUCAAGUUCUUCCAUUAUCAUGGAUGACCUAGGUAAUACCAUUGUACCCAGAUCUAAUUAACUCAUAAAACAGAUUGCCCUAUAUUUAUUAAAGCUCCAAACCAAACCUUCAUAGUAGGUGUAACAUCAUGUAUCAGCUAGUUUGUGAGAUAACAGGAUUCAGCUGUUCUGAAUAGAACAGGAUUGUCUAACAGAUAUUUUCAUAACUAAGACCCCCAAAUAAAUUGCAUAUUUCAAAUGGAGUAAAUAUACUAAUGUUUUAUUUAGAUGUCUAUUUUAGAAUUUUAUGCUCUUAUCUUACCAUGUUUAAUUCUGCUUCCCAUCAAUAAUUAUAUCAAAUUGUUCAGCUGUUUUGGGUUUCACAUAUUAAUAUCUUUCUUUUAUGAAGUUACAAGCAUUGCAGCAGGAGUGAGAGUGGUGAGUAAAUACUGGCCUUCAAACAGGUGUAGGACAAAUGACAUGAGCUAGCAAAGUCUUACAAUACUGCAAAGGAAUCCAACAAAGCUCAUCUCUAGCAGUGGAAAAGCUAACUGUAUAUGUGAUGGUGUUACAUUAUUUAUUGCUUUGAAAUACCAGUUACCAGCAUUAUAUUUAAAGUCUUGAGUUUCCUUAUUUAAGUUGGCACCUUUCCAUGUUUUGCUACAGCACACUCAGGUCUGUAGCUAUAGUAUUGUUUUCUUUGUAGGUAAACAAAACUUUCCUUGUAACAGUUUCACUUUAUUAUUCAGCUGUCACUGAAUGAAAAAAAUGUUGUGCAUAACUAGCCCAGCACACUACCUCUUUAGUUUCCUGCCUAGCAGGAAACUUAAAAAGUUUCUGACCUAGCUUUGAUAGUACCAAGUACUACCAAAACCUGGUUUCACUGCAUUUGAAAAAAAAUGGAACUCUUUGGUACAUGAAUAAUUGAUUAUGUUGCCUUUGAUUAAUCUGUAGUUCUUUAUGCUACUGAUGAGACAUUAUAGUUGGUUUACUUUUGAGAAAAGAUUGCAUAGUUCAUUACUUGCACAUGCAGUUUUUUUCUUGUUGAAGCUUGUUUGCAAUUUGCAAUUUUACAAGCCACGGAACACAAAUAGGUAUUCUCACUUAAGCAUCCUUACUGUAGAAUCUCUUCUGUCAUGAUCUUAGAAGGCUGUGUACAUGUAUUUAAUUAAACACAAAAGAGGAUUAAGGCCAGUGAAGUGUCAUGGUUGAACACACAAAACUCUACACAACAAUACAUUUCCUUUGCAGUUAACUCUGCCCCCAAAAAGCAUUAAUAGAUUGUAUUAUUUGCACUUUUAACUGAUUCAGUAAGAAUUUUAUCACUGAUACUGUUUGUCCUUGUUGUACAAAGCUGUCAUUGCUGUUUUAAUUGGUAUUACUUUAGGCAGAAGCCCUAUUAGCCCAAAAGCAUAAAAAAAUGUGUUUGUAGUUACUCUUUGUAAUUAAGACAGGAAGAGGUGAAUUGCAAGGAGGACCUGGAAGCCAUUUUGUCUAUUAAGAAUAGUUUUGAGGGAGUGAGUCAGUGCAGGCCCUCUUAAAUGCCAUGCUGCUUUUUGUUCUUGGAGUUGAGGUUCUUUCGCCAAGUGUUUGGCUGCUGUCUGGGAUGCAACACGAGUGUUCAUCCCUGUGAGGCCAGAUGGGUACCUGUGGAGACACCCUCCUGCAAGAGGUGGAUGAUGAGGAGUUACUAGUGUGGGGUCCAGCAUCAGGCCAACACCACUUCCAGUAAUAUACUGGUGUGCUUCCAGUACAAACUGGCCUAGCCCAGUGUGCCCAUAGCUGCCUCCCACGGAUCACGGGUGCGUUUGACCACCUGGCCAUGUCUCCAAGGGCUCUGCCUCCGGCUUUGUGCCCUCCUUAGGGGCCCUGUCCCCGGUUCAGUCUCCCAGGGCUCCCUCCCUUCAGCCCCAGGGGCGCUGCGGCCAGCCCCACACCCUCACAUUCACCCACCCGCAGCCUGCGGUAGCAGCCGCCGCUACCCGUGCCGGCACGGAUGAAGCGGGCCGGGGCCCCCUCGUAGACACCUCCGGGGGCUCGGGCCUGGGGGGGCCGUCCCCGCUGUGCUCAAGGGUCUGCUGCCGGAGCCCCCGAGCCACCAGCGGCCCCGCCGGGCACCCUCCACCGCCCAUUCUCGUGAGAACACGCCGGCGGCGGCGCCCCUGCCGCAGGCGGCCCGGCGCCUGCCCUCUCUUUAUAACGCUCGCCGCCAGCGGAUUGGCGGAGCCAGGGCGGGCUCCGGCCCCGCCCGCCCCGUGCCGUCGCGACCGCCAUGUUAGAGAGCGGGGAGGGGGCGGUGGGGCUGCCAUAAAGCGAGCGGGUGGGGGGGGAGCGCUGGCUGCGGGCGGCGCAUGGUGCUGGGCAGGGGCAGGCUGGCGGGGGAGGAAGAGACGGCGCGGGUUGUCGCGCUGGCUUGUCGGCGAUAGGAGCGAAUGGUGGAUGCCGCGAUCCCCGGCGGUGGCGAGAUGGAGCUGGAGCUGGAGCAGCAGCAGCGGCCGGAGAAGAGCGGCGCGGGCCUCCUCGUGGCGGAGAGUAACAGAGCGGGAGCCGCCGAGGACGCCACACAAAAUGGCGGACGCUCUGAGGGCAGUGGCGCUGGGGAGGCGCUGCUGGUGGCUGCUGUCGCUGCAGAGGGCAAGGGCCCCCCAAACCUCAGCAUCACUAGCGGCAGCCAGCGCAGGAGCAGCGUCUCGGCGGCACUCGAGCAGCAGCAGCCGCCGCCCAGCGAUGCGUUGGGGGGGCCGCCCCCUCUCCCUAAGCCCCCAGAAGACGUGCCUGUUAGGAGGAACUUUCAGAUCCCCAGGAAGAGCAGAGAAAAGAAAGCACUCUUUCAGCCAGUAGCUGUGGGCUCUCGAGAGUUUGAGGAUGUUGUGAAGAUUCUGCAUUCAUCUUACUUGGAACCCGGUUCAGUGUCGAAUUUUAAUUACAAGAGAGCCAGCUUAGUGCACAGUGAACUGUUGGAAAAGGAAUUCACAGAAAAACGCAGAGAGCUGAAGUUUGAUGGUCGCCUAGAUAAAGAGCUUUCUGAAACCUAUGCGUUUCUAAUGGUUGAUCGAUCUCAGAUCCAAAGCAUAUGUGAAAAGGGGCUGCAGGUGGGCCACUCCAAAAUAACAAUUCUUGGCAGCCCUUCCAUGGGUGUGUAUAUCUCCAGGUAUGCUGAUUUAUUGCAACCUAAUCCUCUAGAAGCUGGAGCAACCGGAGAUGUGAUUGUUUUUAAAAUAAUAAAGGGAAAAAUGAAAAGCAUAUAUGACCACAUAGGUAUGAAAACAAUGGAAUCGACAGUGAAGAGUGCAUUAGAUCCAACACCCAAGCAUGAGUGUCAUGUUUCAAAGAAUGCAAAUAAAGUAACCUCCUUGUUGGCUUACCGAGCAUACGAACUUACUCAGUACUAUUUCUAUGAAUAUGGCUUUGAUGAGAUAAGACGAAGACCAAGGCAUGUUUGUCCCUAUGCUGUCGUUUCAUUUACUUACAAAGAUGAAAUGGUGCAAACACCAAAAUUCCUGCCCCCAUCAAGAUCAAACAGCUUCAACACAGAGAGAAGUACAGAUAAAUUUAACUAUACAUUAUGGAGGGGACAGCUCUGGAAUAAAGGCAAACUCCUGUGCCAUGUUUCCUUGAAGUCAGCAGCACGUCCUUUCCUUCCAUGCAAGCUUCCUGAGAAGCUUGAUGUUGAAAAAGUUGUGAGCAUUGACCAACUGAAGAAGAAAAUUUCACCAGCGUUGUUGUAUAAAGAAACUUACCUAGGAGCAAAAGAAGUGUUGAAGAAUGGAAUGUACUGUAGUCUUUAUGAAGUUGUGGAGAAGUCCCGUUCUGGUAGUCACUUGGAGGGAUUACUUCAAAAGCUAGAGAAAGAGAAACUUGUUCUCGUUAAACCACUUCUGGACAGAGGAUUUCUUUUUCUUCUUUCUCCUUGGCAAAUGACAUCCCCUUAUGACCACCAAACUGGACGGUCCCGCAUGUUAAAUGCAUUAUUUCUGUUUCCCGAACCUAGAGGUAUAAUGAGCUCAACACAAAAAAGUGUUCCGUUUGGAACACAGAAAAAUUCAACUACCAUGGUGUUGCACGAAAAUCAGGAGAUCAUUCCAGAAUUCACAAAGUUUAUUCAGUCUCUACAUUUUGCUUUAAUCCAGUCUCGUAAAGACGCUACUGCAGAUUUCAAUACUGUUGUGGAAAAGUAUAUAAAUGAGUAUUUGACAAGAUGCUAUAGUGGCUCUGGAAAAUAUAGAGAAUUUGUAUUAUAUCGGUAUGAAUCACGGUUGGAUGACAAAAAAUUUCUUUAUUCUGCUCCAAAAAAUAAAUCUCAUAUUGACAGCUCCUUGCAAAACUAUAUUUUUGGUUGUGAGGCGUAUCAACUACCUGUUUCUAGAGCUAAGGAAUUGAUGGAGGGAAAUCGGAAACUUCAACAGUUCAGUCCCAUCUCAGAUUAUGAAGCUACAGAAGAAGACUCUGAUUUUGCCAAUGCAAAAAGUGGGAAAAGAAUCCGUGCAAAAUAUGAAGCAACUGCUGCCAAGCGAAAAUUCCCUCAUCACGGAGAUUAUGAUCCUGAUAGACUGAAAGAACUUAUUAACUUAAUCCAAUGUAGGAAAAAAAAUGUAGGUGGAGAUUCUGAUUCCGAAGACCUUAGAAAUAAGAGUGGACUGAAAAGGAAGCUGGAAAAACAGUCUGAAAAUCUGCGGAAACACUUAAAAAUGAGUGAAGCCUCAGAGAAUAGUUGUCAGUACGAAGGGGGCAGAACCUCGGACUCGCCACAGUCAGUUUUCUCAAUUAUUACUGGUCUUGGUGGACAUGAUACUGACUUGAGGCAGCAAGAUGUUUCCGACCCUGCUGUUACUGACACGCACGGCCUCAUUAAACUGCUUUUAGAAACACUAGCUAGUUCAGGACACAUGGAUUCGUCGUUGGCACGGUCUGUAAAUCAAGCUUUAGGAUUAAACGCUGAUGAAAUUGAAGAGGAUAUGAGACAAAAAUAUGAAUAUGAAUCCAUUCCAGCACAGGACAGAGAUGAUCAUGAGCUUCCUAAUGCUGUUCAGGCUGAAAAUGUUAACUUUAAGGACCCACAGAGCCCUGUGAUGCUGGAAACUGACGCAGCUUGCUUACCCUACCCUAUCGAUGUUGACCUACGGCUUUCAGCUAAUGAAGUAGGCCUUGAACACACACUUCGUUUAAAAGAAGCAAGCACUGGAAGUGUAAGUAGCUUUGAAGACUACAGUCCCUGUCCUAGUACACCUAUAGAACACAUUUAUCGCAGGCAACAUUCCAACUCAAAUAACAUAGGAGAAGUUGGAAUGCACUGGAGACUGAUUCCAAUUACAGGUCUGAAAUCACCAGAAGAACCACUGGUGUUUUUACCACCAAAGGAUGCCUUCCCUAAUGACCCCCGGGUAAUAAAUAGGCAGAGAAGUUCUGAUUAUCAGUUUCCAUGCUCUCCAUUUUCAGACACACAAAAGGGGACAGCAGAAGAUGGACUUUGUACAAGACAAGUGGAGAAACUUGAAGAUCAGUGUGGGCUAGCAGAUCAACCUUUUACAACUAAGCAUUCCAUAAGUGCAAUAAUAGAGACUACACUAGUAGAAGAAUAUAAUCUUUUUGCAAAAAAGAUUCAGGAAAUUUUGCAGCAAAAGAAUAUCGCUUAUGUUAGUGGUAUGUCCACACCAGUCUUCUCAGCCCGAGAGAGGAUAAUGAGACUUUCUGAAUACAUUUGUUUACAGGCAUCAGAGAUCUCUGUGCAAGAAUAUAUAGAGACACUGAGUGAAAAACUGCAUAGUGUUAUUUUGUCCUCUUCAAGCGCUAGGCAUACUCCACCAAUUUAUUCUAGUCCUGAAUCAGCAGAAAUAGUUCGUAACGCUGCACUGAAUCCUUCACCCGAGGUGUUACCUGCUUGCAGGGACUCUGACCCAGCAUUACUAUCAGAGCCAUUGUGUAAUAAUGUAAUGGAAGAUGUUGAGUCUAAGGAGCAGCAUUCAGCAAGCUUGCCCGUAGUGAAGGAGGAAAUGGAUCAUGUGAAUGCUAAAACAGAAGAUAUACUGACAUCUGAUCAGACAUCUUCCAGUGGUGAUCUGAUGGGGCAGCCAGAAAAGACACAGAAAUCCGUAGAGAGCUUAAAUAUUUCAAGCCAACCAGCUCUUUCUGAUUUUAUAAGCCAAUUAAAACCUGAAGUAUUUAACAGUUUGGUCAAAAUUAUUAAAGAUGUACAGAAAAACACCGUGAAAUUUUAUAUUCAUGAAGAGGAAGAAAGCAUUCUCUGCAAAGAAAUCAAGGAAUAUCUUACAAAGUUAGGUAAUACAGAGUGCCAUCCAGAACAGUUCCUUAAAAGAAGAGCUGAUUUAGAUAAACUGUUGAUAAUUAUUCAAAAUGAAGACAUCGCCAACCUCAUCCAUAAGAUACCUGGCUUAGUAACUUUGAAGAGGCUUUCUUGUGUCAGCUUUGCGGGUGUCGAUAGCUUGGAUGAUGUGAAAAAUCACACUUACAAUGAACUCUUUGUGUCUGGUGGUUUUGUUGUGUCAGAUGAAUCUGUCCUUAAUCCAGAGAGCAUCACAAUAGAUAAACUAAAACAAUUCUUAAAAUUUUUGGAGGAUCUCAAUACACCAGAUGGGAAAUGGCAGUGGAAAGUCCACUGCAAAAUACAAAAAAAACUUAAAGAGCUGGGGAGACUGAAUACUAAUGCCUUGAGUCUGCUGACCCUGCUGAAUACCUACCAAAAGAAGCACUUGGUUGAAAUUCUGUCCUACCACCAUUGUGAUUCUCAAACUCGAAAUGCACCAGAAUUAGACUGUCUUAUCAGGCUUCAGGCGCAAAACAUACAACAGAGGCAUGUUGUCUUCUUAACAGAAAAGAAUCUCAAAACGCUUUCAAAUUAUGCUGAAAAUGGAGUAGUGGUUGCUACUGUUGAUGACUUUAUGCAAAAUUUUAAAAGUCUUGUUGGGUAUCACAACUCUGUUACUGAAGAAAACAGCCUGCCUCCCUCUGAUGCUCAGAAAAGACAAUCAGAUGCUGUUUUGACAUUAACCCCUUUGGAGCUGGGAGUUGGGAUUUCCCAACACUAAACAUGAACACAAUGCGCAGAAGCUUUUAGCAUCGGAGUAACUGGACAUUCACACAGAGGGUUAAGUGUGUAUGUUGAGUAAGUGAACAAGAGUGGCAGAAGACCAAGACUUAAGUGAUAAUGGACUUACAGACCUGAAGCAUAACACUCUGUGAGUAGUGUAUAGCUUUUCUAACAAAAGUUUGUAUUUCAAUAGAAUAGGACUUUCUUUUUUUUUUUUUUUUUUUUAAUGUAGUUCUUGUAGAAAACGAUGAAAAGGAUGAGGAGGACAUGUCUCUGGAUUCAGGGGAUGAAGCAUCACAAAUAGAAAUCUGGAAUGAUGCCUCUAAGUAUGAUCCAUGUCGCUUGGAAGCUUUGCAGACAGAGGCCAAGGGCUCACAUGGAGUAGAUACAAAAGAAAGCUGUGUAUCAACUACAGAGUUAUCUCCUGAAGCACAAAUUGGUUUGAUGGAAAAGACUUCUAAAAUUGACUUGGAAGAGAUACAGCCAAUUACUCCAGUUUCUACAACAUGUUCUGCUGAAGGAGAAAAACAGAACUCAGUUGAACAAGCUCCUUUUAAUAACUUCCAAGUUUACAGCAGACAAUUAAACAUGUCCCAUCAAUUCAGUCAGUUUAAUGUACUCACUCAUCAGACUUUUCUGGGAACAACAUACCCGAUUUCUGCAAAUCAAAACCAAGAAGGGGGCAAUUAUUUUCUAUCUGCUUACAGUCAGAGCAUGGAUACAGAAAAGUCAUCAUCGCCUGGUGGCUGGGAUAUAAAUUGUGAUUCUUCCAGGCCAUAUUCAAAACAGAAAUAAACUUGUAAGUCUUUUUUAUAAGUUGCUGUGGACUUUUCUGUUUCUAGAAUGGUGGAUUAACAAUUUCUAUUUUAUUCUGGAACAAAAUGUUUCUUGUCCUUUAUCUUAAAUGUUUUCUUGUCUUAUUUAAACCAUGAUGGCCUGUACCUGUUGGAAGCAUCUGAAAAUUGAAAUAAAUAUAUAUAUUUUUAACA